CUCUUUCUAUGCUCCAUUUAAAAUCAAAUGAACUAGUCCAAGACCUCUUUUCAUCUUCAACACAUCCAUGGCCACCACUCUCACCACCCCAACCUCCAUUGUAACCCGGACAGCUGCCUGGGCUGUGGCCACACCAAAGGCUGCACCAGUUCUCGGACUUGGGCAGAUGAAAAUGAGGGGUGGUAGAGUGAGAUGCUCAUCGGAGACGAAGACAACGGGACCGACGAUGGGGAUGGGUGCGGCGUUGCUGGCAGCUGCCGGAGUGAUGAGCGUGUCGAACCCGGUUCUCGCACUUGUCGAUGAGAGGCUAAGCACAGAGGGUACAGGGCUGAGCCUUGGCCUUAGCAACAAUUUUCUUGGAUGGAUCCUUCUUGGUGUGUUUGGGCUCAUUUGGUCACUCUAUUUUCUCUACACAUCCACCCUUGAAGAGGAUGAGGAAUCUGGUCUUUCUCUUUAAUUUAAGAGCUACAUCAUCAUCAUCAUCAUCAUCAUCAUGUAUGUCUGUGUGUGCGUGUGCGUGUGCGUGUGGAGAGGAGGUACAUGAAGAGUUUUAUGUCUUUGUGUUUGGGAUUAGUUUGUGACAGUUGAUGUCCAUUAUAGAAACUGUUUAUGGCAUUGUAGCUAUUUUCAUGGUGUCGAUUAGAUGAUAAUGAUUACAAUGUUGAUUUUUUGGUUCAA